AUGAUCAGAGCUUCGGCCAGGCCAAGGCAGCUGGAACGAUGGGUCUGCUCAAGCUGUCUACGCCAGCGUGCCGCCCUGGCCGUCCUCCAGCCCCGUGAGCCGCGCCAGCUUGCCCAGGUACGCUCGCUGCACUCGGUGCAACGAUCACAACAGCUCCAAGGCAAGAAGCAGUCGCAGAAGCAGCUAGCAAGCCCGUUUCCUAGCCGCCAAACACGUCACUAUGCCUACGUCGCGCCCACCGACGAUCGGGAGGAUGACAACCUCCUACGCACCAUCUUCGACAAGCCCUCCUUCUGGCAAGAGUACUCGGCCCUGCCGAUCGGCAUGAACGUCGGGCUCUUCCAGAAUGCCUACCUGACGAGUCCCAAGGGGUUCGAGACCUUCGCAAACGUGAGCCUGGCCCGCGCCCGCCGCAUCGUGGACCGGGUGCUCAACGCCUACACGGUGCCAGAGUACCGCAGGAUCGUGCGCGAGCUCGACCGGCUAAGCGAUACCCUGUGCCGCGUGCUCGACAUGGCUGACUUUGUGCGCGUCACCCAUCCGGACCACAAAAUCCAACGGGCGGCCAACGCAGCCUGGGACACGGUCUACCAGUACAUGAACGAGCUCAACACCAUGACGGGGCUCUAUGAGCAGCUGGACAGGGCCAUGAAGAAUCCGGAGGUCACCAAGGUCUGGUCCGAGGAGGAGAAGGCGGUUGCCGAGGUGCUGAGGCAAGACUUCCUCAAGUCGGCCGUUAACCUGCCCAAGUGGGAGCGCGACCGCUUCGUGCAGUUGUCGUCCAAGAUCAGCACGGUAGCCACGGCUUUUGUGCAUGAGAUGACCCCCGACCAAGCAUGGGUGGCCAUCCCCAGCAGCAAGAUGCGCGGCAUGGACCCGGUCCAAGUGCGCUCGCUGACUCGCAACGGCAUGGUCUACGUGCCCACGCUCAGCGCCCAGGCGGCCCUGGCCCUGCGGACGGUCCACGACCCGGAGGCGCGCAAGAUGCUCUACUACGCCUCCCGGACGUCCUCGGCUCGCUCCGUGUCGACGUUGGAGAUGCUCAUGCGUCUGCGUGCCGAGCUAGCCGAGCUAUCUGGCUUUGAGAGCUACGCGCAGAUGGCCCUGCGCGACCGCAUGAUGGCCCGCAGCCCCGAGGCCGUCGACAAGUUCCUGCGCGCCCUGGCCGGCAGCAACAAGCCCCGAGCAGUUGCCGAGUUUGGGGCGAUGCUCCGGGAGAAGCAAAAGACCGUCCCUGAUGCAGAGGCCCUCGAACCAUGGGAUAGGGAGUACUACUCUACCAUCUUGCGCAAGCAGGCCACGGCGUCCGAACGCGUGCCGCGCACUGACGUGCUGUCGUCCUUCUUCUCGCUGGGCACGGUCAUCCAGGGCCUGUCGCGCAUCUUUAACCUCCUCUACGGCAUCCGCUUCGCCCCGCGGCCGCCCCUGCGCGGCGAGACCUGGCAUCCAGACGUGCGGCGGCUCGACGUGGUACACGACACCGAGGGUCGCGUCGCCGUGCUCUACUGCGAUCUCUUCUACCGCGCCGACAAGUCGCCUAACCCAGCGCAUUUUACCCUCCGCUGCUCGCGCGAGAUCCUGCCCGAAGAGAUGGACGAGGUCUGGCAGGAGCAGAUGAGCCAGGCGCCGCGGACCGACAUGCCCUACUUCCAGCGGCCCGAGUUCGCCGCCAACGACGGCAUGGCCUUCUCCAAGAUCGACGGCAAAGUCAAGCAAUUGCCGACCAUCGCGCUGGUGUGCGACUUCCCGCAAAACAACGACGACAGCCAGCCCGUGCUGCUCAGCUACUUCCAGGUCGAGACGCUCUUCCACGAGAUGGGCCACGCCAUUCACUCCAUCCUAGCGCGCACCUCCUUCCAAAACGUGGCCGGCACUCGCUGCGCGACCGACCUCGCAGAGCUGCCGUCAACGCUCAUGGAAUACUUCGUCGCCGAUCCGUCCGUCCUCUCGGUCUUCGCCCGCCACUACGAGACAGACGACCCGGUCCCCUACGCCCUCGUCUCCCGCAAGAUCCGCCAGGCCCGCCUCUUCGAGGGCUCCGACACCGAGAACCAAAUCAUCCUGGCCAUGCUGGACCAGGCCCUGCACUCCCGGCGCGCCCGUGACGAUGCCUUCGACUCGACCCAGAUCUUUCACGACCUCCAGCGCGAGUUCGGCAGCGGCCCACCCGACCCGCGCGGCACGCGCUGGCAGGGCUUCUUCGGGCACCUCUCGGGCUACGGAAGCACGUACUACAGCUACUUGUUCGAUCGCGUGCUGGCGCAACGCACCUGGGAGGUAGUGUUUAAGGGGGGCGCCGGGGGCGCCGCGCUCGAGAGGGCGAAUGGUGAGCAUCUGAAGAAUUCGUUGCUUAAGUGGGGAGGAGGGAGGGAUCCGUGGAAGUGUCUUGCGGCGGUGCUGAACGAGCCGAAGCUCGAGGAUGGAGGGGAGGAGGCUAUGGCGUUGGUUGGGAGUUGGGGGGCUGCGAGGCAGCAAGGGGGAAUGUCGAUGUGA